CGCGGCAAUUCCAGACUCUCCAGGGGCGGAUCCUGAACGUAUCCCGGGAAUUGCAGGAAAUCCAGGGAAGGAUUUCCCAGGACUCGGAGCGGGAAAAGGAGCUGUCGGAGCUCUCGGAGCGACUCCGAACCCUCGAAUCCCGGGAUUCGCUGGAACCGCUGCGGGAGCAGCUGGAGCAGCUCCGGCGGGAGCAGAACCAGGUCUUGGAGGAGACUCGGAAUCUCUCAGGAAUCCUGUGCCCGUCCUGCCCCCCCGGCUGGGAGCAAUUUUCCAGGACCUGCUACUUCUUCUCCUCCGGCACCAAAUCCUGGCACGAUUCCAAGGAUUCCUGUGCCCAAUUCCAGGCCCACCUGGCCGUGGUCGACUCCCAGCAAUUCCUGGCCAUCCACGUUCCGGAGCGGCGCCAGUUCUGGCUGGGCCUGACGGACGAGCCCAGCGAGGGCUCCUGGCACUGGGUCACGGGGGGAGCCCUGCAGCUCCAGUGAGUUAUUUUGGGAUCAAUUUGGGAGCAAUUUUGGGAUCGACCCCCCAAAUCCACCCAUUGGGAAUUUCCAGCUACUGGAGGCUGUGCCGAGACUCGCGGGGCCUUUUGCCAAUUAAUCAGGAAAACGUUAAGAAAUGA